AUGUGGGUAUACUUGAACAAGAAGGUGAGCAUACCUAAUGGGCUCAAGCUCAAUCACAUAUCUUGGAAUGGCUAUCAUGGUUGGAUUGCUUGCGGAGGUGAGAAUGGUUUAUUAAAAGUUUUAAAGUUAGAAACUAAGGCUGAUAUUAAUCAAAGAGGUGUAACAGCACCAACAAGUUUAGAAUUCAAUCAAACUCUUGCUGGCCACUCCGGAAAGGAAAGUAAAGAUCAGCUUCCAUCCAAUGUAAUGAGAGUGAGUUGGAAUGAGGAAAAUGAAAAAUUAACUUCUAGCGAUGCUAGUGGUCUCAUUAUUGUUUGGAAUUAUAAUAAGCAAAAGAAGGAAUGGGAAGAGGAAAUGUUGAAUAAUAGAGAAAAAUCAGUGGUGAAGGAUUUAAAGUGGUCUAGUGAUGGUCAAAAGAUUUGUAUUGUCUACGAUGAUGGUGCUGUAAUUGUUGGUGGAGUGGACGGAAAUAGAAAUUGGGGAAAGAGUUUGAAAACUCAAUUGGUUAAUGUUGAAUGGUCUCCCGAUGCAAGAUAUUUGCUCUUCGGAACUGGAAAUGGAGAAGUUUGGUUAUUUGAUGCCAAUUCAGGAAUCAAAUUGGUAAAUAUGAAUCCUCAAUCAAAUAAUAUUUUGGCUGGUGUUGACUGGUAUGAUGGAAGAGAAGGUUAUCCAGAUCUUAAUGCUCCAACACUAGCAAUUUGUUAUAGAAAUGGAAGGUGCCAAUUGAUGAGAGGUGACUUGGAUGAUGAUCCAGUCCUAAUCGAUGCUGGUAUGCUCAUCAAUGAACCAAAAUGGAAUCCAUCUGGUACUGUUUUAGCUCUUGCUGGUCAACAAGACUUGGAUGGAAAACCAAUGGGUAUCAUUCAAUUUUAUUCCCCUUAUGGUAAACAUUUAAAGACUCUCAAAGUACCUGGCAAUGGUGUAAAGAGUGUAACUUGGGAAGGAUCUGGUUUGAGAUUGGCUCUAGGUGUAGAUGCAAAUAUUUUCUUUGCCAAUGUCAGACCAAGUUAUAGAUGGGGCUAUUUCUCAAAGACUGUAGUAUAUGCCUUUACCAAAUUAGAAAGACCAGAGCAAUGUGUAGUAUUUUAUAAUCACAAGACUAGACAAAAAUAUGUAAAGUACAUUAAGAAAUUAUUAGCUUUGAGUGCUUGUGGAGAAAAUUGUGUUUUGCUCACCAAAACAGAAACACCAAAGGAAGCAUUCGUCAUAAUUAUUUGUAACUCGAUAGGUAGUCCAGUGGAAACAAAGUCGCAAUCUGUUGAACCAAAAUUCGUCACCAUGACCAAGUAUCACGUAAUUGUUUGCUCUGAUUGUAAUGUUUAUGUUUGGAAUUAUAGAGCAAAGCAAAAUACUCAAGGCAACAUAUUGAAUAUUAAGGGAGAAUCUGAACAAUAUUUAAUGCACAUUGAUCAAAACAAAUUUAAAAAGAUUGAAGAUGAAACAAAAUUGGAACUUACUACUACCGAGGACGCUAUUUGUGCUGUAUUUUCAAAUGAGAAAUUCCUUAUUAUUGCAAGAGAAUCUGGUACUGUGAAUAUUUAUUCACUUCUACCAACUUUGGCAUAUCUUGGAUCAUGUUCUGUCAUGUGUAGACCUCUCCAAAUUGCUAUCAAUUGUGAUUGCACCAAAUUGUCACUCAUUGAUAUUAACAGUACUUUCACUGUUUACAGUUUAUCUUCUGUUGUUGCAGCCCAACAAAUGGUACAAAGCGAAAAGAAGAAAAAGAAGGGUAAUAUCAUGGCUGAUAAAACAGAUUUGGAAAAGAAAGAUGUUUGGGAUAUGAGAUGGGCUGACGAUAAUCCAUCAUUAUUUGCUAUAAUGGAAAAGACCAAGAUGUACACAUUCAGAGAUUUAACUCCUGAGGAACCUGUAGUUACCUCAGCUUACAUGUGUGCUUUCAACAAUCUUAAAAUUAAGUCAGUGUUUAUGGAUGAUAUUAUGGCAAAUCCAGAUAAUCCAGAUUCUGACUGUGCCAUCACUUAUGAAAGUCGUUCGUUGAGAGAUACAAAGGAAAUUAUCAGAAGUGUCAGCUUGAGGGAUGCUAACGAAUUUGUUAAAGAUAAUCCUCACCCAAGAUUGUGGAGAUUAUUGGCAGAAGCAGCAAUGUCUGAAUUAGAAUUGGAUAUGGCUUACAAGGCUUACAUCCAAUGUGGUGAUUACCAUGGUGUAUAUUUUGUAAAACAAAUCAAACAAUUGGAUAACGAAGCUAAGCAAAAGGCAGAAAUAGAAGCAUACUUCCACAGAUUGGAUGAAGCAGAAAAGAUCUAUCGUUCCAUCGAUAGAAAGGAUCUUGCCAUCGAUUUGAGAAAGAGAUACGGGGACUGGAAGAAAGUUCUCAGUCUUGUCAGAGAAAUGAAUGGAAGUGAUGAAAUGUUGAUUGAUGUGUUUAAUCACUUGGGAGAUUUCUAUUCUGAGAGACAACAAUGGGAACGUUCAAUUCAAUUUUAUGUUAAGGCAAGAAACUUUGAAAAAUUAAUUGAAGCUUAUUAUAGGAUUGGAGACUUUGAGUCAUUGGAAAGAAUGGUUGAUGACCUACCAGAGAAUAAUCCACUUUUACAUCCAAUCGGUGAAAAGUUGGCUUCUGUUGGUUUGAGUACUCAAGCUAUUCAAGCUCUCGUCAAGGGUGGUAAGAUCAAGCAAGCUAUCGACGUUUGUGUUGAAUUGAAUCAAUGGGAUGAAGCUGUUACAUUGGCUGAAAAGCACAAUAUGAGUGAAAUUGAAGAUAUUCUGUACAAGUAUGCCAACCAUCUAGUUUCUAGAGGAGAUAUGACAGCAGCAAUCGAAUUAUACCAAAAAGCUAACAGAAAUACAGAGUCAGCCAAGAUUCUUGCCAAACUUGGUGAGGAAGAGGGAAAGAUGAAAUUACAUCCACUGAGAGCAAAGAAAUUCUAUGUUCUUUCAGCUUUGGAGAUUGAUAGAUAUAGAGCCAGAUUGUUAAAUGAUCAAGCAACAAGAAUGAAUCCAAACAAGGCACUUCAAACCAUGCUCUCUCAUGAUGCUUCUACCAAUUUUGAAAAUCCAUGGAGAGGAGCUGAGGCUUAUCACUUUUUCUUGCUUGCCCAAAAACAACUUACCGAAUUCAAACUUAGUGAUUGUUUGAAUACUACAAUGAGGCUGGUUUCAUCGUAUGAAGAAUACUUUGUUCCAAAGGAAUUGUACUCGCUCCUUGCUUUAGCAGGUUUCUAUGCUAGAGAAUUCAAGGUUUGCUCCAAAGCUUUCAUCAAGUUAGAAUCAAUGGAUGCUUUAUCAGAACACGAUAAGGAAAAGUAUGAACAAUUGGCCAUUGAUAUUUUCAGAGAUAGCCCUGUUAACUCAACAGAUUUGGAAACAAAACCAUGUCCAACCUGCAGUAAUGAAACAUUCGAUUACGAGCAGUCAUGUGCCUCCUGCAAUGCUCCAUUCUAUACUUGUAUUGUGAGUGGUAGAAAUAUUGGAGAUCAAGAUUUCUGGACUUGUUCUACCUGUAAACAUAGAGCCGUAGAGCAUGAAAUUUACAAGUACAGACAUUGUCCACUGUGUCAUACCAACAUUACUGAAGGUUCUUCUUCUGAAUUAUUUUAA